AUGGAGCCAGCACAGCUUCCGGCCCAUGCUCCCGAGGAAGAUGUCAUUGGAGUGAGCGUCGCUCGGCAGAUCUCUCCUAUGCCAGAGCAAACAGCCAACGCUGUUCCUGCUCUUGCUGAAGACCUCAUCGCUCGAAUCGUCGGUCGGAUGGUGCCAGCCUCUCCAGACGUGCUGCGGGCUACACGAGCCGGCGAUGUUUUCCGAGGCUUCGGCAAAGCCCUGCGCGGGUCCAAGAAACUUCAUGGGUUGAGCUACCAGACCAAGAAGAUGAUGAUCAGCAUGUUUUGGAGUCACAGUUGGCAUGGGUCAACUUGGCGAAAGUACAUGACUCUCCUGCUCUUCUACAACGGCCCAGCUGCGGCAGUCAUCGCAUGUCUUGGCUCGGCUGUUGCAUCCGUCCUUUUUGCGUCAGAGCUGUUGCCCGUCCUUCAUGGACCGACCAACUUCACGGAAGAUCUGCCUUAUUCGCAUUGGCAGUCUUUCUGGGCAGCCCUUGUCGGCAUGAUCCUGUACAUCUUGAUGCUGUUGUUCUGGAGACCGGUUGAUUCCAUCUUCUUUGAUGUGAUCUGCAUAGACCAAGUCAAUCCCAAACGCAAGGGAAAAGGAUUAAUGAGCAUCGGUGCAUUCCUAAAGGCUUCACGCUCCAUGCUGAUUCUUUGGGAUGCCACGUACAGCGAUCGCUUGUGGACAAUGUUUGAGGUAGCUGCCUUCUUGAGGAGCCGGGAAGAGGGCGAGAUGCCAAAAGUCGUUUUGAGGCCCACGAUCUUGGGCCCCUGCUACCUCUUGCUGAUGCUGACGGUGAUUCUCGUUCUCACCGUUGCUGACAAUGUCAGUGUGCACCUUCUUAGCUGCUGGACAGGCAGCAGCCACUUCGUGCUGUGGGCACUUCAAUUCUUGAUUUGCUUCUGCGGGCUGUCCGUUAACACGACCACUUUCAGGGAGUACUUUCGAUCAGUAAGUGAUAGCCAGGAGCAACUGGCAUCUUGGCGUCUUGCAGAUGUCAGAUGCACCUGUUGUGACACCGGGCAUGUUUGCGGUGGUGGACUCUGUGACCGAGAGGUUGUACUCAAGUGCAUCUGUCAGUGGUUCGGCAACCUGGAAAAUUUCGAAUCUCGCGUGCAAACGGAGAUCAUGGACACGUUUGUUCACGAGCAGUCCAGGCAACCCUUCACGUACUCGCAAGUUGUGAUUGCUCUCGUCCCACUUCUUUGGAGCUACCUGGACAGCGCUUCAGCAUAUGCUCGCUUCACCGAGUGGGAUCCAUGGUUGCAGGCAUCCUGUCAGAUCGCAAGAGGACUGGCUUGGUGGUUGGGGGUCGGUCCUGUGGCCUUUCUGAUCCAGUGUCGGCUCGCUUGUCGCUUCCAGCGGAAGUGUAGCUGGGCGCGAUGCGACCCUUUGAUCAACUUGCUGCCGCUCUUUGCCGUCGUGUUCGUCAUCUUUGUGGCGAUUGUGCUUGAGCAGCUCUGCUUUGUGCCCACUCUCUUUCAUGAUGGACAGACGGACAACAUGCUCUUGUUUGCCGCGUUUGUGCUGCCUUCAGCUUGGUUGCUUUACGGAUAUGUUGGUGCCGGCCCAAGGCUGACAGUAAGCACCAGCAAGCACAGCAUACCUUAG